AUGGGCAAGGAUGGAUCCCCGAAACAUUAUAAUCAGCUUGAAUUUAGGAGAAAUCGACUGACAUGGAUAUUUGGGGUUAGUGGGCUAUGUAUUUUGUCUUAUAUAAUGGGUGCAUGGAAGAGUAAUCCCGCACAAGCUAAUCAAUCUGAUGUCUACUCAAAACUAGACUGUAAUAGUGGGUCAACAAGCCAGUCUUCAAUUCUAUCAUCAUCUUCAAAUUUAGAUUUUGGAAGUCACCAUCAAGUUGAGAUCAAUAACUCUGGAGGGGUGCAAGAGUUUCCACCAUGUGACCAAACAUAUAGUGAAUAUACUCCAUGCCAAGAUCCUGUCAGAGGUAGGAGAUUUGACCGAAACAUGUUGAAAUAUAGGGAGAGACAUUGCCCCUCCAAGGAAGAACUCCUACAUUGUCUCAUACCUGCUCCACCAAAAUAUAAGCCACCUUUCAAAUGGCCUCAAAGCAGAGAUUAUGCUUGGUAUGACAAUAUUCCACAUAAAGAGCUUAGCAUUGAGAAAGCUGUUCAAAACUGGAUUCAAGUUGAGGGUGACCGAUUCAGAUUCCCUGGUGGAGGUACAAUGUUUCCACGAGGAGCUGAUGCAUACAUUGAUGAUAUUAAUGAGCUUAUUCCGCUCACGAGUGGUAAUAUCAGAACUGCAAUUGAUACAGGGUGUGGUGUAGCAAGUUGGGGUGCUUACCUUUUGAAAAGGGACAUCAUAGCAAUGUCUUUUGCACCAAGAGAUACACAUGAAGCUCAGGUCCAGUUUGCAUUGGAGAGAGGAGUUCCUGCUAUGAUUGGCAUCAUGGCUUCACAGAGGAUGCCAUACCCAGCGAGGGCAUUUGAUAUGGCUCAUUGUUCUCGCUGCCUGAUACCUUGGCAGAAAUAUGAUGGUAUGUAUUUGAUUGAAGUGGAUAGAGUCCUCAGGCCAGGUGGCUAUUGGAUUCUUUCUGGCCCACCUAUUCGAUGGAAGAAAUACUGGAGGGGAUGGGAAAGGACACAAGAAGAUUUGAAGCAAGAGCAAGAUUCUAUCGAGGAAGUAGCCAAGCGUAUAUGUUGGAAGAAAGUUAUUGAGAAGGAUGACCUUGCCAUUUGGCAAAAGCCUUUAAAUCACAUUGAAUGUGUACAAAGUAGACAGGUUUAUAAAACACCACACAUAUGCCAAUCCGACAAUCCUGACAUGGCCUGGUAUCAAAAUAUGGAAAAGUGCAUAACGCCAUUGCCAGAAGUCAGCAGCUCAGACAAAGUGGCAGGAGGGGCACUAGAAAAAUGGCCUAAGCGUGCAUUUGCCAUCCCUCCUCGAGUUAGUAGUGGUUCAAUACCAAACAUUAAUACAGAGAAGUUUCAAAAGGACAAUGAACUAUGGAGGAACAGGAUAGCACAUUACAAGCAUAUCAUUCCUCUUUCCCAAGGACGAUAUAGAAACAUUAUUGACAUGAAUGCUUAUCUUGGUGGAUUUGCAGCAGCCUUGAUAAAAUAUCCAGUGUGGGUUAUGAAUGUUGUUCCCUCAAAUUCAAACCAUGACACUCUAGGUGCAAUUUAUGAACGAGGUUUUAUUGGGACUUACCAUGAUUGGUGCGAAGCUAUGUCAACUUAUCCAAGAACAUAUGAUCUCAUCCAUGCUAGUAAUGUAUUUAGCAUUUAUCAGGAUAGGUGCAACAUUACUCUUAUACUACUGGAGAUGGACAGAAUUUUGAGGCCAGAAGGUACUGUUGUAUUCAGAGAAGGAGUAGAGCUUCUCGUGAAGAUUAAAACCAUUACUGAUGCAAUGAAAUGGAAAAGCAACAUAAUGGAUCAUGAAAGCGGACCCUUUAACCCAGAAAAGAUUCUUCUUGCCGAGAAAACUUACUGGACUGGCGAAGCUAAAGAGAAUCAAAAUUAA